AUGCGGCUUUCAAAUUAUUGCCUUGCACCCACGCUUUCGAAGGCGACGCGGCUUCAACUAGGAAAUAUCAAAACUGAGUAUGGUUACGUUUCAACUGCGGCUGGAUCUCAAGAAAAGUGGGGGUUUAUAUUCAAAGUGAGAAGGUAUCCACUCCUCAGUUGCGGUUAUACAUUAUGUUUAAUGUCUAUUGCCAUUGGCGUUGUUGGAACAUAUCAGCAGUAUCGUGAUAUGGUAAUCAUGACAGAGCAUAUUUCAUAUGAGGAUGUUAAAGAUCGUUGCCUAACACCGAUUCCAGGUUGGGCCCGCAUUCGAAAUGUGCAAAUAGCUAGUCCACUUGGUCCAAUGACAUAUCGUGACCCCACCCCACUUGAUUGGCUUCCGUUUGAGUUGAAGCUUGGUCAUGUGAAGCAGGCCUCGUACUAA